AUGACAGACCUCUUAAGAAGUGUUGUCACCGUCAUUGAUAUUUUCUACAAAUACACCAAGCAAGAUGGGGAAUGUGGCACACUGAGCAAGGAUGAGCUAAAGGAACUUCUAGAGAAAGAGUUUCGUCCAAUUCUGAAGAACCCAGAUGACCCAGACACAGUGGAAGUCAUCAUGCAUAUGCUGGAUCGAGACCAUGACCGAAGAUUGGACUUUACUGAGUUUCUUCUGAUGGUGUUCAAGCUGGCUAUGGCCUGCAACAAGGUUCUCAGCAAAGAAUACUGUAAAGCUUCAGGGUCAAAGAAGCGUAGGCAUGGUCAUCAACACCGAAAGGAAGAAAGCGAAACGGAAGAAGAAGAGACACCGAGGCAGAAAUCAGGUUUCAGACAUUCAAGUUGGAGUGAGGGAGAGGAGCAUGGACAUAGUUCUGGGGGCUCAUGGGGAACUGAAAAACGGCGACAUGGGUCCAACUCUAGGAGACUGGGAAGGCAAGGUGAAUUAUCCAGUUCAGAGGAAGCUGGGGAAACGCACAGUGGGUCUAGCUCUGGUCACUCUUGGAGCAGUAGCAAAGAGAGACACGGUUCCAGCUCUGAAGAGCUAGGAAAAAGAAGAAACAAGUCACAAGGUAGCCCGUCGAGGGAAUCUGGGGAGGAAUAUGAAUCUGGACCUAGGUCAAAGAGUCAGGAAAGGAAAGGCCAUGGUGGUUCGUCACAUGGACUGGAGACAAGCAAACAUGAAUCAAACUCUACUCAGUCAAAGGGUGGAGGACAAAAGCUUGGGCCUACCUCUGCAAGUUCAGGAAAGAAUAAGGCUGUCAAACAGGAAGUAGUGGAGGACAAGGCUUUGGAUGUGUCUCAGGAGGUCAGUCCUCUAGAUGUUGUCAGCCUGAACCUAGAUCCUGUAGCCACUCUUCCAGUCAGAGAGGGUCUGGAUCUAAACAAUGUGGCCAAUCACAGAACUGUGGAAGACAACAGAGAACAGGCUCAAGUCAGUCUUCUUGCUGUGGGCAAUAUGGGUCUGGUGCAAGUCAGUCUUCUGGUUAUAGUCAACAUGGAACUGCUUCCUGUGGACACUCUUCAAGCUCUCAGCAAAGAGGGUGUGGUGAAUUUACCCAGUGUGGUCAGCAUUGGCCUGGUUCAGGGCAAUCAUCCUGCUGUGAGCAACAUGGAACAAGUUCAAGUCAUUCCUCUGGCUGUAGACAACAUGGCCAUGGCUCAGCACGGGUCCAGCUCAGGUCAGUCGUGUGGCUCUGGGCAGCACGGCUAUGGAUCGAGUCAGUGGUCAGGCUCAGGGCAGCACGGGUCCAGCUCAGGUCAGUCAUGUGGCUCUGGGCAGCAGGGUUCUGGCUCAGGUCAGUCGUGUGGCUCUGGGCAGCACGGCUCUGGAUCGAGUCAGGUGUCGGGUUCUGGGCAGCACAAGUCCGUCUCAGGUCAGUCAUCUGGCCUCGGGCAGCACGGUUCUGGUUCGAGUCAGUGGUCGGGCUCUGGGCAGCACAGUUCUGGCUCAGGUCAGUCAUCAGGCUCCGGGCAGCACAAGUCCACCUCAGGUCAGUCAUCUGGCUUUGGGCAGCACGGUUCUGGCUCGGGUCAGUGGUCGGGCUCUGGGCAGCACGCUUCUGGCUCAGGUCAGUCAUCAAGCUCCAGGCAGCACAAGUCCACCUCAGGUCAGUCAUCUGGCUUUGGGCAGCACGGUGCUGGCUCGGGUCAGUGGUCCGGCUCUGGGCAGCACGGUUCUGGCUCAGGUCAGUCAUCAAGCUCCGGGCAGCACAAGUCCACCUCAGGUCAGUCAUCUGGCUUUGGGCAGCACAGUUCUGGCUCAGGUCAGUGGUCGGGCUCUGGGCAUCACAGUUCUGGCUCAGGUCAGUCAUCAGGCUUUGGGCAGCACAGUUCUGGCUCGGGUCAGUCAUCAAGCUCCGGGCAGCACAAGUCCACCUCAGGUCAGUCAUCUGGCUUUGGGCAGCACAGUUCUGGCUCGGGUCAGUGGUCGGGCUCCAGGCAGCACGGUUCUGGCUCGGGUCAGUGGUCAGGCUCUGGGCAUCACAGUUCUGGCUCAGGUCAGUCAUCAGGCUUUGGGCAGCACAGUUCUGGCUCAGGUCAGUCAUCAGGCUUUGGGCAGCACAGUUCUGGCUCAGGUCAGUCAUCAGGCUUUGGGCAGCACAGUUCUGGCUCAGGUCAGUCAUCAGGCUUUGGGCAGCACAGUUCUGGCUCAGGUCAGUCAUCAGGCUUUGGGCAGCACAGUUCUGGCUCAGGUCAGUCAUCAGGCUUUGGGCAGCACAGUUCUGGCUCAGGUCAGUCAUCAGGCUUUGGGCAGCACAGUUCUGGCUCAGGUCAGUCAUCAGGCUUUGGGCAGCACAGUUCUGGCUCAGGUCAGUGGUCGGGCUCUGGGCAGCACAGUUCUGGCUCAGGUCAGUCAUCAGGCUUUGGGCAUCACAGUUCUGGCUCAGGUCAGUGGUCGGGCUCUGGGCAGCACAGUUCUGGCUCAGGUCAGUCAUCAGGCUUUGGGCAGCACGGUUCUGGCUCGGGUCAGUGGUCGGGCUCUGGGCAGCACAGUUCUGGCUCGGGUCAGUCAUCAGGCUUUGGGCAGCACAGUUCUGGCUCAGGUCAGUGGUCUGGCACCAGGCAGCACGGUUCUGGCUCGGGUCAGUGGUCGGGCUCUGGGCAACACAGUUCUGGCUCAGGUCAGUCAUCGGGCUUUGGGCAGCAUGGUUCUGGCUCAGGUCAGUCAUCGGGCUUUGGGCAGCAUGGUUCUGGCUCGGGUCAGUGGUCAGGCUCCAGGCAGCACAGUUCUGGCUCGGGUCAUUCGGGUUUCCAGCAGCAUGGGUCCAGCUCAGGUCAGUCAUCUGGUUUAGGGCAGCACAGAUCUGGAUCGGGUCAGUGGUCAGGCUCCAGUCAGCACAGUUCUGGCUCAGGUCAGUGGUCGGGCUCCAGGCAGCACAGUUCUGGCUCGGGUCAGUCGGGCUUCCAGCAGCAUGGGUCCAGCUCAGGUCAGUCAUCUGGUUUCAGGCAGCACAGUUCUGGAUCAGGUCAAUCGUCCACCUUUGGGCAGCAUGGUUCUAGCUCAGGUCAGUCCUCUAAAUUUGGACAGAAGUUCAGGCUGGACAAAGAGGGCAAGAAAGCACUACUGAGAGUGAUAGUGAAAGAAAUAGGAGUCAGAAUGCAUCAGGAAGUGAAUGGGAGGCUCAUAACAGCAAACACGGACAUAGACAGAGAAGGCAAGGAUCAAGUGAGGAGAGGAGAACGUCAAGAAAUAGAGGACAGGAAAGAGAAGACAACCAGUCAACUGAUAGUGAAAACCAGCCAACUGACUCAGGAUCACUAG